GGCCCGGGUCAAUGCCGAAGGCUGCGAUGGCCAUGAAAAUGGGCGUGUGUGAUGGUGCCUUGGUGGUGGUGCUGCAGUUGGCCUGGGCGCUGGUCGGCGGGCAGGUGCGGUACUCGGUGCCGGAGGAAGCCAAGGCCGGCACGGUGGUGGGCCGGCUGGCGCAGGACCUGGGCCUGGAGGCGGGCGAGCCGGAGGCGCGGCGGCUGCGGCUGGUGUCGCAGGGCCGGCGGGCGAGCGUGGAGGUGAGCGGGGCGAGCGGGGCGCUGGUGGUGAGCUCGCGGCUGGACCGGGAGGAGCUGUGUGGGAAGAGCGCGCCGUGCUCCCUGCGGCUGGAGGUGCUGGUGGAGCGGCCGCUGCGCGUCUUCCAUGUGGAGCUGGAGGUCACCGACAUCAACGACAACGCCCCGGUCUUCCCCGCUGCCCGGAAAAACCUCAGCAUCGCUGAGAUGUCUUUGCCGGGUUCUCGUUUCCCACUGGAGGGCGCGUCGGAUGCAGAUGUCGGACCUAACGCUCAGCUCUCCUAUAGCCUCAUCCCCAGCGAGCAUUUCGCUUUGGAUUUACAAAAAAACGAGGAGGAGGGUGAGUCGUUAUUCCUAGUGCUUAGGAAACCUCUGGACCGCGAGACGAUGCCGAUUCACCGUUUGGUGCUAACUGCAAGCGACGGGGGCCGUCCGCCACUGACGGGCACGAUGGAGCUGGUGAUCUCGGUGCUGGACGCCAACGACAACGCUCCCCAGUUCAACCAAUCGGUAUAUAAAGUGCAGCUGCCGGAAAAUUCUGAAAGCGGUACUAUAGUGUACAGAGUAACAGCCACGGAUUUGGAUGAGGGGACAAACAGGGAUGUCUCGUACUCUCUGCAGAGCCUGUUCCCUCAGGAUGGAAGAGACGUUUUCGGGAUCGACAGAAAUAGCGGAGAGAUUCGACUCCAGGGAGACAUAGACUUUGAGGAUAUUGGUGUCUAUCGCCUGCAAGUGGAUGCGGCAGAUCAGGGGAGCCCACCUCUGUCUGGACACUGCAAAGUUGUGGUGGAGGUGCUGGACGUGAACGACAACGCGCCGGACGUGGUUGUGACGUCGCUGUCGGUGCCGGUGCCGGAGGACGCGGCAGUGGGGACGGUGGUGGCUCUGCUGAGCGUGUCGGACCGAGAUUCGGGAGCGAACGGACGCGUGCGCUGCACGGUGUGGCCGCCGGCGCCGUUCGGUCUGGUGUCGACAUUCGCGGGCUCGUACUCCCUGGUGCUGCGGGAGGCGCUGGACAGGGAGCGGGUGUCUGAGUACGAAUUAGAAGUGCGAGCGGAGGACGGCGGGGCGCCGCCGCUGCGCGCCAGUCGCGAUCUGCGUGUGCCGGUGUCGGACGUGAACGACAACGCGCCGGCGUUCGCACAGGCCGUGUACACGGUGCUGGCGCGGGAGAACAACGCUGCGGGCGCGGAGCUGGCGCGGCUGUGGGCGCGGGACCCGGACGAGGCGGGCAACGGGCGCGUGAGCUACUCGGUGGCGGAGAGCGGCGUCGGGGCCGCGGUGUCGGGCGUCGGGUGGCGUCCGGCGUCGAGCUACGUGUCGGUGGACGCGGAGAGCGGUCGGCUGUGGGCGCUGCAGCCGCUGGACUACGAGGAGCUGCAGGUGCUGCAGUUCGAGGUGCGGGCGGUGGACGCGGGGGAGCCGGCGCUGUGCGGCAACACCACGGUGCAGCUCUUCGUGCUGGACGAGAACGACAACGCGCCGGUGCUGCUGCCGCCUGCCGGGGGCGGGCCGGGCGUCGGGGCCGCGGGCUCGGCGGCGUCGGGUGCGGACUCUUUGGCGCUGUGGGCGUGGGCGUCGUGGGGGGCGCCGGCGGGGCAGGUGUUGGCGAAGAUCCGCGCGGUGGACGCGGACUCGGGCUACAACGCGUGGCUGCGCUACGAGCUGUGGGAGCCGCGGGGCAAGGGCCCGUUCCGCGUGGGGCUUUACAGCGGCGAGGUGAGCACGACGCGGGCGCUGGAGGAGGCGGACGGCCCUCUGCAGCGCCUGGUGAUCGUGGUGCGGGACCACGGCGAGCCUGCGCGCUCGGCCACGGCCACGCUGAGCGUGUCGCUGGUGGAGGGCGCCGAGGCGGCGCUGGUAGCCACGAGCUCGGGCUCGUUGGGGGCGGGGCUCCGGCCGGCGCAGAGCGGCGCAUUGGCUGCGGCAUCUGCGGCGACGACGACGAACGUGUGGCUGGUGGUGGCCAUCUGCGUGGUGUCGAGCCUGUUCUUGCUGGCGGUGGUGCUGUAUGGGGCGGCGAGGUGGGCUCCGCGGUCGGCCGUGCUGUCGGGUCCCGGUCCUGCCACGCUCGUGUGCGCCAGCGAAGUGGGGAGCUGGUCGUACUCGCAGCGCCAGAGCCGGAGCCUGUGCGUGACGGACGGUGCGGGCAAGAGCGACCUGAUGGUUUUCAGCCCCAACUUCCCUCCACCGCCCUGCCCCUCGGUAGGGAACGGUUCUGCUGGGAAGGGGCCGUCUGUCUCCCCGGUUGCUUCUGCCGCGAGUGUCCCAAGUUCCUGUGUUGAGGCCGAAAACGGCGACAAGCGUUGGUAUUAUGACUGGAUGAUUGACACGGUCCGCACCAAACACCAGGGGCCUGGCAUUCGCGACGAGUGUGGCCGGGUCUCCCGCAUCGAUAACAUUUUAUGCGGGUGGUUGGGGUUAGAGAACGAGUUUGCGCAACUGGUGAGCCAAGGGCCCGUCCUUCCAGGAACACAGCGCGGCGGCCAGAGCCGGCCACUCGCGGAAGCAGACGCGGUCGGACACCAGGUGCCGCUGUUGGCCGUGAAGACGCUGGAAGCCUGCGAGAGGCGACAGCUCCUCCCUGAACCGGCGAGCGACCGAGCGGCGGCUGAGAACCGUGCGGGCCCGGACCGGUGCGAGGCGAUGGGCGUGUGUGUUGGUGCCUUGUUGGUACUGGUGCUGCAGCUGGCCUGGGUGCUGGUCGGCGGGCAGGUGCGGUACUCGGUGCCGGAGGAAGCCAAGGCCGGCACGGUGGUGGGCCGGCUGGCGCAGGACCUGGGCCUGGAGGCGAGUGAGCCGGAGGCGCGGCGGCUGCGGCUGGUGUCGCAGGGCCGGCGGGCGAGCGUGGAGGUGAGCGGGGCGAGCGGGGCGCUGGUGGUGAGCUCGCGGCUGGACCGGGAGGAGCUGUGUGGGAAGAGCGCGCCGUGCUCCCUGCGGCUGGAGGUGCUGGUGGAGCGGCCGCUGCGCGUCUUCCACGUGGAACUGGAGGUCACCGACAUCAACGACAAUGCCCCGGUCUUCAGUGUAAAAGAGGAAGCCCAUAAUAUCGCGGAAUCGUCGCUGCCGGGGUCUCGUUUCCCACUGGAGGGCGCGUCGGAUGCAGAUGUCGGAGCCAACGCACAGCUCUCCUAUAGCCUCAGCCCCAGCGAGCACUUUGGUUUGGAUAUACAAAAAACGGAGGAAGAGGGCGAGUCGUUAUUCCUGGUGCUCAGGAAGUCUCUGGACCGCGAGACGAUGCCGAUUCACCAUCUUGUGCUGACGGCGACUGACGGGGGCCGUCCGCCACUGACGAGCACAGUGGAGCUGGUGAUCUCUGUGCUGGAUGCGAACGACAACGCUCCCCAGUUCAACCAGUCUGUGUAUAAAGUGAAAGUCUUAGAGAGUUCAGAACCAGGAACUCUAUUAAUCACGCUCAGUGCCACGGAUUUGGACGAAGGCAUUAGUAGUGAUGUUAUGUAUUUAUUUAGUAAGCAUGUCACCACAGAAGUUAAAGAAAUGUUCUCCAUUGACGAAAACAAAGGAGAAAUGAGGCUUCGGGGAAAUUUAGACUACGAAGAAAAGGAUAGUUACGAGAUCGCAAUAGAAGCAAGAGACAAAGGCUUCCCGCCGCUGUCGGGUCACUGCAGAUUGGUGGUGGAGGUGCUGGACGUGAACGACAACGCGCCGGAGGUGUGGGUGACGUCGCUGUCGGUGCCGGUGCCAGAGGACGCGGCUGUGGGGACGGUGGUGGCUCUGCUGAGCGUGUCGGAUCGGGACUCGGGGGCGAAUGGGCGCGUGCGCUGCACGGUGUGGCCGUCGGCGCCGUUCGAUCUGGUGUCGACGUUCGCGGGCUCGCACUCUCUGGUGCUGCGGGAGGCGCUGGACAGGGAGCGGGUGUCUGAAUACGAUGUGGAGGUGCGGGCGGAGGACGGCGGAUCGCCGCCGCUGCGCGCCAGCCGGGGUCUGCGUGUGCCGGUGUCGGACGUGAAUGACAACGCGCCGGCGUUCGCACAGGCCGUGUACACGGUGCUGGCGCGGGAGAACAACGCGGCGGGCGCGGAGCUGGCGCGGCUGUGGGCGCGGGACCCGGACGAGGCGGGCAACGGGCGCGUGAGCUACUCGGUGGCGGAGAGCGGCGGCAGGGCCGCGGUGUCGGGCGUCGGGUGGCGUCCGGCGUCGAGCUACGUGUCGGUGGACGCGGAGAGCGGUCGGCUGUGGGCGCUGCAGCCGCUGGACUACGAGGAGCUGCAGGUGCUGCAGUUCGAGGUGCGGGCGGUGGACGCGGGGGAGCCGGCGCUGUGCGGCAACGCCACGGUGCAGCUCUUCGUGCUGGACGAGAACGACAACGCGCCGGUGCUGCUGCCGCCUGCCGGGGGCGGGCCGGGCGCCAAGGCCGCGGGCUCGGCGGCGUCGGGUGCGGACUCUUUGGCGCUGUGGGCGUGGGCGACGUGGGGGGCGCCGGCGGGGCAGGUGUUGGCGAAGAUCCGCGCGGUGGACGCGGACUCGGGCUACAACGCGUGGCUGCGCUACGAGCUGUGGGAGCCGCGGGGCAAGGGCCCGUUCCGCGUGGGGCUUUACAGCGGCGAGCCAAAACAUCCCAAUCCUGACUGGCGCUACUCUGCAUCCCUAAGGGCAGGAAUGCAAAGUGCUGUGCAUAUGGAGGAGGCAGGAAUCCUACGUGGUGGACCGGGAGGGCCUGAUCAACAGUGGCCAACAGUGUCCAGUGCUACUACAGAACCUGAGGCGGGAGAGGUGUCCCCCCCAGUGGGAGCUGGUGUGAACAGCAACAGCUGGACCUUUAAAUUUGGACCGGGCAAUCCCAAACAAAGUGGUCCUGGUGAGUUGCCAGACAAAUUCAUUAUCCCAGGAUCUCCUGCAAUCAUCUCCAUCCGGCAGGAGCCACCAAACAGCCAAAUUGACAAAAGUGACUUCAUAACCUUUGGCAAGAAGGAAGAAACCAAGAAAAAGAAGAAAAAGAAGAAGGGGAACAAGACUCAGGAGAAAAAAGAAAAGGGCAACAGCACCACUGAGAACAGUGACCAGUGAGGGGUUUAUACUGAAAGAAACCAUUUAGCCAGUUUUUGUAAUAAUGGCAGAUUUCUCCUAUGUAGCAACUCCCAACUUCUUCCUAUUGUUAACAAAUUUUCUGUAUGUACAGACUUGAGAAAAUGAGCAGGAAUUUCACAGUGUCUGUCUAAAUUGCUUAACAGGUUUUGUCUUAAAAGCUUUAUUAAGUCUGGUGUUAACUCUUUUUCUCCGCUCUGGCUUGUUUUCAGAAUCUAAAAAGCAGACACAAGUUUCCUUUCUCCUACGCCGAAAGGGAGAAUCUUCACAGUACAGCCAGUGAGAGGUUGGACUCUGCACUGUGGUUCCUGUGCUCCUGUCUUGAUGACACUUACAGGACAGGUUUAAAAGUUUUAAUGUUGUGCACCCUCUACCUGAUUGGAAAUAUUUGUGUGCAGAUGUCAGAUAGAUUAUAUGAGAUCAGAUUAUAAAAUGCAAGAAGAGCUGGUAAAUAUGCAACAGAGGAAACACCUAAUGAACACAAAUGUUCAAAGAUGUUCAGGCUGGGGAGGAAAUGUCUGAAAGGAGAUGACCAGACUUUUCAAGUCUUGAAAAGUCACUGUGUGGAAAUACUGAGUCCUAUAUAUGACGUAUUAUACACACCCCUGCAAAUAAAACCUCACAUUUACAGCUCUUUAAGAUACCAUAAAUUUUAUCUUCUACCAAGGAAGCCAUUGGGACAAUUGUCCCUUGAAGCCCUGCAUUACCCUGGCAUGGCUAGCCCUCAGAGUGUAAGAAGAGCUGGGCUGACAUCCCAGGAAUGUAACUGACUGUGAUGCUCUAUGUCCCUAUUUCCACUCUAACAUGAUUUUGCACAUUAUGUCUCUGAAAAGGUCAGAGUUUUUCCACGACACUUAUGCAAAAGAGAGAAAAAAGAAAUGUUAACUAUGCUGUUUGUUAUUUGAGAUAUUUAUUUAUAAAGAAAUAUAGCUGUAAAUGUUGAAGAAAUAUGAUGCCCUUUAACCCAAACAGAAGACAAUCUAGAGCCAUUAUAAAUUACAAUUGCUGCUAUUAAAGUGCUUUAGAAAAAUUGCCUGAAACAUCUGUACUAUAUCGGCCACUUGCCAAUAACAGCUUUAUUCUGUCGGGUGACUUGGGGGCUGCCUCUUGCAUGUAUUAAUAAAUACAAGAAUAUCUUUUCUCUUUUUUUUUUUAUUUUUUAUUGCAUUGAUCUGCACUUUGAAUACACCUUUGCAAACAAACUGUCCUCAUAUGAAGAAGCAGAAGCAAACUCCUCACACAAAUGGAUUUACUUACCUGCUAGCUUUGUGCAGUACCUUCGUGUUACCUCCUACACAACCUUUUCUGAUUUUAGUUUAACUUUUCUAUGAGAUUAUGAAUUUCUGACCCUAUUAACACUCAUUAUGUAAAAUUCAAGUACUGUAUGUAUGCUGUAUGCUCUUAUAAGAAUCCUGAAAUAUUUAUUCUGUGCUUGUGUAUGUGAAUGUCAAUGCAACUAUUAUUAGAGUGGACAUUAAGCUUUACCGUUGAAUGUAAAUUCAUUAUUUCUUUUUUGUACACUUGUGGAAAAGUGGAGUAGUGUUAAUUUUUUAAGCCACUGUUGAUUAUCAGUUUUUUGUGUAUGAAACACAAGUAAAAUAUCUUUCUUAAAUCAAGCUAUGCAUGCAUUUGAGGAUUUAUUGGUAGGAAUCUGUGAAGCUUAAGCUCUGUGAAUUACUAAAUCUAAGGGUAUAAAUGGAGUGCUGAAUGUGCUUGAGGAUGUUGAUAUAAAACCAAUACAUGUAUUUUUAAAUAGCAUAUAGCUGAUGAGGGAAUUCCAAGGAGUUUUCUACGUUAUUGUACAUUCACAGAAUAAAGCUGAAGUGUCAUAUUAA